AUGAGGGGUCACUUGCCUCGACACUUGUUCACAAGGGCCGCGACUGUAGCGGCGGCUCCCUCGCGGAGCUGCAAGCCUUCAUCGCCGAGCCAUGUCCUCCCACAGAGGAGGUACUCGACUCACCCUCCCAAUGCGAAGCUCAACCUACCGAUUGACUACUCAACAACGCCUCUCCUGGCUCACACAUCGCAGUCGGCCCUCAACAACCCGGAGUUGCCGCCCGAGGUUCGCGGGGGCACGACCAAGAAGAUGAACCUGUUCCAGUCCAUAAACGACGCUCUGUCAAUAGCCUUGGCAGAGGACGAGAAUGUGCUCUUGUUUGGCGAAGAUGUGGCAUUUGGCGGUGUCUUCCGCUGUUCCAUGAAGUUGGCCGAGACCUACGGCGGCGAUCGCGUCUUCAACACGCCUCUGUCGGAACAGGGCAUCAUGGGCUUCGCCAUCGGAUGUGCUGCCGAGGGCAUGAGGCCUGUCGCGGAGAUCCAAUUUGCAGACUACGUCUUCCCGGCAUUCGAUCAGAUGGUCAACGAGGCGGCCAAAUAUCGGUACAGGGACGGAGCAUGUGGGAGACACGUCGGAGGCCUUACCGUCCGCAUGCCGUGUGGAGCGGUGGGCCACGGUGCUCUGUACCACACGCAAUCGCCAGAGAGCUUGUUCACCCACAUUCCUGGCUUCCGAGUGAUUGUCCCGCGCUCACCUCUGCAGGCCAAGGGGUUAUUGUUAGCGGCAAUCCGAAGCAAUGACCCUUGCAUCUUCAUGGAGCCAAAAGUCCUGUACCGGGCAGCGGUCGAGCAAGUUCCCGUUGCGCCGUUCGAGCUGCCUUUGUCCAAGGCUGAGAUCCUGAAAGAGGGCAAGGACUUGACCAUCAUCUCUUAUGGCCAGCCACUGUACAUCUGCCAGAGUGCCAUCAAACAGGCCGAGCAGGAUCUGGGCAUCAGCAUCGAGCUGGUUGACCUGCGGACUGUGUAUCCUUGGGACAAGGACACAGUCUUCAAUAGCGUUCAGAAGACAGGGCGGUGCAUGGUCGUACACGAGUCCAUGGUCAAUGCUGGUGUUGGCGCCGAGGUAGCAGCAGCCAUCCAAGAGGACCCGUCCACCUUCAUCCGGCUGGAGGCGCCUGUCAUUCGUGUUGCUGGCUGGAGCACACCCACCCCUUUGAUUUUCGAGAAAUUUAACCUGCCAGAUGUUGCCAACAUCAAGGCCCUGACCGUCUCCGAGCCCAGCAUCAUCAAGGAGCUCGGGCCGGCCUUCCAAAAGUAUAACGAGGAGCAGUUCAUCACAGCCAAGCUUCCGGGAAGCAGCGAGCCGGUCAUCGUCAGCUCGCACAAUUCCCUGGGGGACGGCCGAUACUACGACGUCGAGAGCUCCACCAGCUUCGAAUUCGACCAUGCCACGCAGAAAGCUAGCGGUGCCCAGAGCCAUUCUCUCGAGAGCGCGCACUCUGAUCUUGUCAAGUCGACCUUGAAGAGCUUGGGAUCAUACGUCAAGGAGCACUUCCCUAACGCAGCCUACGGGGUUUACCCCAUCGAGAACGACUCGAAGCUGGCUGUUAUCGUCGUGGCCAGCAAAUACAGCCCCAACAACUUCUGGAACGGCCGAUGGCGAUCUCUCUACGUCUUCGACCCAUCUGACAGCUCUCUGGAAGGCUCGAUCAAGGUCGACGUUCACUACUACGAGGACGGCAACGUGCGUCUUCUGACCAACAAGGCAGUCACGGCAUCUGUCUCCUCGGGUACCGGCAGCGGCAUCGCCAAGGAGAUUUCCACGGCGGAGAAGAAGUACCAGGAGGAGCUGAACAAGGGCUUCACGAGUCUGAGCGAGGGCGCAUUCAAGAGCCUCAGAAGACAACUGCCGGUUACGAGGCAGAAGAUCGAGUGGGACAAGGUCGCCAGCUACCGGUUAGGACAGGAUAUCGGCGGCGGCAGCUCCAGGCGGUGA